AGUUUCAUUUAGUACGAUUUUAUCAUUAUUUUCUUUACUAUUUAAAGUGUACGCUAAAGAAAAACAUAAAUUAAUUAAUAACGGAUGUAUUAAAAGCAUUUCUAUUUGUAUAAAAUUUAAAAAAAAAUAUUAAAAUUUCAAUUUUAAAUAAACGAUAUACGACGUAGAAAUUUUCUUUUGCUGUGAGUAAGCGGAUCAAGGUGACAAAUAUUUCAACACCUAGUCCGAACAGCAAAAGAAAUUUUCUGCCUUUCUAAAAGAAAACUUAGUGCAGUCUCUUGAAUUAACAAAUUACGGCAGUGGAGCUUAUACAAUGUCAACAGGCAAUUAUAAUGCUGCCACCAAGGAAGACCGUAAACAAAAUGAAACAGAAGCACCAGAUGUAGUGGUAACCCGUCGCAGACCAAGUGGUGGGGAAGAUUCACGCUGUGAAAGUGAUGAAGAAUUUGCCAGUCCCCACAGUCAUACAGCAGCCUCGAGACAGUCUUAUAAGGAAGCUAUGAAUACGCCUUUAUCCGAUGCUGCUGGCAGAAAUGCCAGUGGAUUCAAUGAAAUGCCUGCAUCAUCUACAUGUAUAGAAGGUGUCUCUCCUAUGGCCAUGUAUAAUGAAGAGCGCAUGAGACGCAAAUUACAAUUCUAUUUUAUGAAUCCCAUUGAGAAGUGGCAAGCCAGACGAAAAUUUCCCUACAAAUUUGUAGUGCAGAUUGUUAAAAUCGUUUUGGUCACCAUGCAAUUGUGUCUGUUUGCUCACUCACGUUACAAUCACAUCAACUACACCUGGGAUAAUCGUAUUGCAUUUUCACAUCUAUUUUUACGUGGUUGGGAUUCGUCGCGUGAAGUUGAAUCUUAUCCACCUUCUGUGGGUCCAUUUGCACUCUAUGAGAAAACUGAAUUUUUCGAUACCAUAGAUUACGCUUUAAACGGUUAUGCCGCUAUGAAUCGUUCCAUUGGCCCCUACGACUAUCCAACCCAGGACAACAGUAUGGCUCCUUUGAAAUUGUGUCUGUACAAUUAUCGUGAAGGCACCAUAUUUGGUUUUAAUGAAUCCUAUAUUUUUAAUCCCCAAAUUGAGUUGGUUUGUGAACAAUUGCCCUCCAAUGUUACCGCCAUAGGAGUGCAAAAAUAUCUAAUGCAGCGCGGCGUGGAAGUGAGUUUCUCCUCACUGGUUAAGGCUACAUUGGUAUUUGCCAUAAAGACGGUUAAUUUUAAAGCUUAUGGCGGUCCUUUGUCGGCUCCCGAUUGUUUUAAAUUUGAUAUAACCAUAUUCUUCGAUAAUAGAGAUCAUGAUGGCCAAAUGUUAUUGUCUUUAGAUGCGGAUGCUACACGUUUGCAUUGCAAGGGAGAUGUGGAUUUUAUAUCAGAUGCUGAAUUUGAUGCCAUUUUAAGAUCAAUAUUGAAUAUAUUUGUUUUGUUGGUGUGCUUGCUGUCUUUUGCAUUGUGUGCCAGAGCAUUGUACCGGGCCUAUUUGCUGAGAUGUCAAACGGUGGGCUUUUUCCGCAGCCAUUUCAACAAGGAAUUGAGCUUUGAGGGUAGACUGGAAUUUGUUAAUUUCUGGUAUAUUAUGAUUUUAUUCAAUGAUGUUUUACUGAUUUUGGGUUCAGCUUUGAAGGAGCAAAUCGAACGAAAAUUCCUGGUGGUGGAUCAGUGGGAUACUUGUUCUUUAUUUUUGGGUAUAGGCAAUCUGCUGGUGUGGUUUGGUGUUUUGCGUUAUUUAGGUUUUUUUAAAACCUAUAAUGUGGUAAUUUUGACUUUGAAAAAGGCGGCUCCCAAAAUUUUCCGCUUCCUAGUGGCUGCUCUUUUGAUAUAUGCCGGCUUUGCUUUUUGCGGUUGGCUGAUAUUGGGACCAUACCACAUGAAAUUCCGCUCUUUGGCCACCACCUCAGAGUGCUUGUUUUCAUUGAUCAAUGGCGAUGAUAUGUUUGCCACAUUUGCCACCAUGUCCUCGAAAGCCAGUUGGCUAUGGUGGUUCUGUCAGAUUUAUCUGUAUUCCUUUAUAUCCCUGUAUAUAUAUGUGGUGCUAUCACUCUUUAUCUCUGUCAUAAUGGAUGCUUAUGACACCAUCAAACGUUACUAUCGCGAUGGUUUCCCAGUGUCAGAUCUGAAAGAAUUUGUGGGUACCCGCACCGAAGAGGACCUGACAUCGGGUGUUUUCAUGAACACUAUGGAUGAUUUUGAUCACAGCAGUUUCUUGGAUGUGGUACGUAAAGUUUGCUGUUGUGGCUGUUGCCGUAAUUCGAACUCGGCCAAUGAUAAUGGUCCCACCGGUUAUACCACUUUGACAAGUAUUAUCAAAUGAAUACAAGUGAUUUUUUUUUUUGUUUCGUGUAGUUUAAAUGUACACUGUGUUAUUAUUUAGUUAAAUGUGUUAUUUUUUUGUGCUCUUGCUUUUAAAUGUAAGAAAGAAAAUGCUUUUGUAAAAUUUAAAAAACUAGUUUUAAGUUUUGAUAUUAAUUAAUUAACCUUCCUGUAAAUGUAAAAGAAAACUAUGAACUAUUUGCUUCACAAAUACAUAUAGCCAAAGGAUCUUAAAUUAUUUUUCGAAUACAUUUUUUUUUGAGGAAAAUAUUGAAAAAACAUUUAAUAGUUAUAGUAAAUACAACAAUAAUUUAAAAAAAAUCAAUAAAAAUAUACAAACAAGUAAUUAUUUACGAAAAACAAUAAA